CGGUUAUGGUCUCGCUGAAAAUUGACGCUGCAAUGGUUUGCGCUCCGGCUUGAAUGCGCCUGUGCAGAGGAGUCGACCUGCCACCAGAGUGAAUUAUUACUUGUAAAAAGAGUCAAACUAAUCUCUAUACAUGAACUAGCGAAACUGUGCGUCGGCUGCAAUGGACUGCACGAUUAAGGAAGCACUGUCCGUAGUGAGCGAGGACCAGUCCAUUUUCGAGCCAGCGUACGGGCCACCACCCUCCAUGCACAUGAAGGCGGAGAUGACGUCUCCAAGGGUGUUUAGCCAGAGCUCUAAGGAGAGCCCUGAGCCCACAGAACCAGAGUGGAACCCUGGGAAGCGGGAGGGAGAGCAAAUCAAUGGGUCCAGCCGGGAGUCCCCUGUUGACUGCAGCGUGUCUAAGAGGUCCCGGCACAUGAGCAAUAGCGAGGCCAGCCAGAUGGCCUACCAGUCCUCGUACCCGGAGCAGCGCACCAGCCCACAGAGCAAUGUGCCACCCAACAGCAAUGCCGAUGAGAAGAGGGUCAUCGUGCCAGCAGACCCUGAGGUGUGGUUGCAGGACCAUGUGAGACAGUGGCUGGAGUGGGCUAUCAAGGAGUACUGCCUGGUGGACGUGGAUGUGUCACUCUUCCAGUCUGUGGACGGAAAGGCGCUCUGUAAGAUGACCAAGGAGGACUUGAUGCGACUCACCUCUGAGUUCAAUACCGACAUCCUGCUCUCGCACCUCAACUACCUCCGUGAGAGUAGCCCCACCUUCUCUUGCACCACCGCAGCGACUAACACACAGCAGCAGCCCCGACUACAGGUCAAAGCAGAGAACAACUUUGAGGAGAUCAGCAGGAGAAGCAGCUGGUCAGCUACACCUUUGCCAAGUGUACCGAAAGGUUCUCCUAUAGAACACCAGCACAACACCAGAGUGACAGAACCGCCUCCUCGACAUGUGCCAGAUCCUUACCAAGCACUAGGACCCAUCAGCAGUCGCUUAGCUAACCCAGAAUCCCCAGCUCUGCACACCAAGAGCCGAGCAACCAAACACAAUUCACACAAGCUGUCUGACACUGGCACACACAGGAUUGUGGGCUCCGGGCAGAUUCAGCUGUGGCAGUUUCUCCUGGAACUUUUGUCAGACAGUGCCAAUGCCCCCAUCAUCACCUGGGAAGGCUCCAAUGGUGAGUUCAAGAUGACAGACCCAGAUGAGGUGGCCAAGCGCUGGGGUGAGCGCAAGAGCAAGCCCAACAUGAAUUAUGACAAGUUGAGUCGUGCACUUCGCUACUAUUAUGACAAGAACAUCAUGACCAAGGUGCACGGCAAGCGCUACGCCUACAAGUUUGAUUUCCAGGGAAUCUCUCAAGCGCACCACAACCAUGCCAACGAGAGCGGGGUCCUCAAGUACCAAGCAGAUGUGCCCUACAUGCAGCCCUACCACAGCCAUCAGCCGAAAAUGAACUUUAUGAGCACUCACCCCUCCCCACUGCCAGUCACCACCGGGAACUUUUUUGGGCCUUCCUCCACAUACUGGAACGCAGCAUCCAGUCCUCUGUACCCCACGUCUGCCAUGCCCCGGCACCCAGGAAGCCACUCGCACUUGGGCUCGUACUACUGAGGUUACCUGGACCAGCAGCUGGUCUCAGUGUUGACCUUGUCUCUCCACCACCUCUGAUUUAUUUCCUGCCAUUUCCUGUUACUGAAUACUUUCUGGGGUGGGAUGUAGCCAACCAUACUGGUUUUUCAGUGGUUGCUCUACCUGAGGAGGUGGCAUAGUAACCGGCUGGUGCCCAGUGCUGAGACUCUGCUGUGUCGAGAUGGACUUGUGGGCAACAAGCAUUUUCUCAGAAUGAGUAGCAGGUCAGGCAGACAAUUGUAUUUAGUUUUAACAUAAAUGUAUUUUGUUUUGAUGUAUUUCAAACAAAACUUUCCUUGCAAGUGAUGUUUGAAGCAUGUCCUCUCGCCACAUUGUGUGAUUUCACUCUCAAGAGCCUUUCUGACCGGCAUUACAAGGGAUGGAGGUGAAUGUUUGUGAACGAUUUGUUUGUCACUCUUUGUGAGCCAUGUCAAGUUUGGACUGCGGAAGUGACCGAGUCCUGUACAGUGUUGAAAUUUUCAGUGCACAAGCAGUCAUCCUUUCCCGAAUCUUUGGAAGGUUCGAAUGAGAUCAGGUUAAUCCCUGCUAGUAACAAGUGUAACAUGUUAAGACCUGGAUCAGAACAGGAAAAGAUAGCUAUGUAUAAAUAUGCAUUGAGUAGGAAAAUGUACGUAUUAAGGAAAUAAACUUUUUUUUGGAAAGUAAAGUAAAAAUCUUAAACUGUAAACAUUUAAAAUAACAAUGUAAUAAAAAAAUAUAAUGGGGGUUUAUGAAGAUUUUAAACAUCUAUUGACAUCUGAGAGACCCUGGGAAUGAAUGUACCUUUAAGGUACCACAACUCAACAUGUUGGAGCUUUGUCAUAUCCAAGUGAUUUCUACAAUGUAGCAUAUUCCUACCGUUUGACAGUACUGCUUGUAUAUUUUGCAGCCAGUAUUUGUUUUCUCGUUUCAUUCAUGCUGUGCCACUAAUUAGUUUAUAUUUAAUAAAAUGUAU